AAAAAUUGAUGAAUAUAUCUUCACUCUUCAAAAACUAAACAUUAACAUCACGUUCCUUCACAAAUUCACAUUAUAUUUCUAUUUCUAUUCAUUCAUUCACAUUUCACACCAAACCAGCAAAGAGAGAAGAAAACUAUGGGAAGCACUCCGGUGAGAAAACCACACACCAACACCUCCGAUCUCCUCACUUGGUCGGAAGUUCCUCCGCCUCAAUCUUCCUCCGCCGUCUCCGCUACCCGCUCUCGACAGCCUUCUGAUAGAAUUAGCAAGGUUCUUAAUAGUGACCAGCUCACUGAAGAAGAAGCUCAAACUCUCGCCAAAAGCAAACCAUGUUCAGGCUAUAAAAUGAAAGAGAUGAGUGGAAAUGGUAUAUUUUCAGACAAUGCUGAAGAUUCUGCAUCAGAAGCCGGUUCUGCAAAUCCAAAUAACAGAACUAGCAUUCGCAUAUAUCAGCAAGCAAUAAAUGGAGUUAGUCAGAUAUCAUUCAGCACUGACGAAAGUGUUAGUCCUAAGAAGCCUACCUCUCUACCUGAGGUAGCAAAACAGCGUGAAUUGAGCGGGACUUUGCAAACUGACUUAGAUGCAAAGACUCAGAAGCAAAUAUCAAAUGCAAAGACCAAAGAGCUCACUGGAAAUGAUAUAUUUGGCCCUCCUCCUGAAAUUGUGCCACGUUCCACAGCAGCUGCACGGACUUUGGAAUCAAAGGAAAGUAAGGACAUGGGAGAACCUCUUCCUAGAAAUUUGCGAACAUCGGUGAAAGUUUCUAAUCCUGCAGGUGGCCAAAGUAAUAUCUUAUUCGGUGAAGCACCUGUUGAGAAGACAUCAAAGAAGAUACAUGACCAAAAGUUUGCGGAGCUUUCAGGCAAUAAUAUUUUCCAUGGAGAUGUUCCUGUAGGAUCCGCUGAAAAAUCUCUGAGCAGGGCAAAGCUGAGAGAAAUAACCGGCAGUGACAUAUUUGCUGAUGGAAAGCCAGAAAUCAAAGACCCUGUUAAAGGUGCCCGUAAACCCCCUGGUGGAGACAGCAGCAUUGCCUUACUUUAAAUUAUGAUAUUUAAAUAUUUAAACUUAACCCCUUGAUGUAGGCACUCUAUACUUCUGUCUGAACUCCCAUGUUAUUCAGUAGAAGGGGGUUUAAUUUAAUGUGUUUGAUUAACAUCAUUUUAGGUUUCAAAUUAGAAGAGGGUAACAUGAAAUAUCAACUGGAUGAUAUUUUAGUGUUUACUUACAAGCUUGGUAUUGUUAUCAGAACUGGAUUGGGAAGUGGAAUAAUAUUCAUUUAAAAGCUU